AUGAUCGAAGAGCAGCAGAGACUGGAAGAAGCAAAUCAUCAAAGCAAUCGUGAAGUGGCGGAAAGGAUCAUCGACACAGCCCGCCAAGAAUCUGACUACAAACCCAAACCCACGGUGUGUAGAUUCACCAAAAUCACGUCAAACUGCCAAGUGAAUCAAAACGAAAAGGAAGCAAAAGAAAGAGCAAAGAGACGCGGUCCUUCUCGCGGUGGCGGUGAGAUAAACCGACCACCGGAGAGGGAGAUCGGAACCACUUUUAUUUUUGUCGGUAGAGUGUUGUGGAAAGAGAGCCACUUCCUAUUAUAG